AGACUCCUGGUAUUCAAGUUCUAGACUACUUCGGAGAAGUAGAUCCUGAGAAUUCAGCACUAUGUCUUACCAACAGCAGCAGUGCAAGCAGCCUUGCCAGCCUCCACCUGUGUGCCCACCCAAGAAGUGCCCUGAGCCUUGUCCUCCUCCACAGUGUCCUGAACCUUGUCCUCCUCCAAAGUGCCCUGAGCCUUGUCCUGAGUCAUGUCCCCCUCCCUCAUACCAGCAGAAAUGCCCUCCUGUGCAACCUCCUCCACCAUGCCAGCAGAAGUGCCCACCCAAAAGCAAGUGAAUGCCUCAGCAUUCAUCGAGACCAAGAGAAGAAGAGGAACUCCAUCUCACAUGCCUCCAUAGCAACAACUGAUGUCUUCCCUUCAGAGUCUGUCACAGAUGCAGAAGAAUUUGCUCCACAUAGCACCUCCUUCUACAUGCCAGUGAUUAUCUCUGAUAGGGAAGGCAUUAACCUGAGAUGAUAAUCCUGCUGCUGUAAAGGGCCUGCAGAGAAUGAUCCUUCUUGCAUGGUUCAGUAGACCAUUUUUCAAAUCUCUCUGUCACUUUGGCAAGCUAGAUCUCACUGUUUUUUCAUUUCCUGAAUAAAGUACCGUCUUGUUGAAGG